UUCAAUUUAAACUUUUGUGUUAUUCUGGAACAAGUUUGGGGAACUUUGAGUCACACACGUGGAUACACCACUAAGCAUUCCUGCAAAUGAAGAGGCUGUAUUCUGUAUUCAUAUAGCUCCUUCAGAAGUGGAUGCUUAUCCAGUGCAGUGUGCUAACAGAUUAAAUGGUAUUGGCAGCUUGAUUGAGUAAUUACAAGUGAAAAAUUGAAGAAAACAAUGAAGAUGACUGCUACAAACACUACAGAGGCUUUACACUACUAUUAUAACCACACAGAAAGUGUGAUGAAUUCCACAGUCCAACCCCCAGACAAAAUGGAAAUCGUUUACAUUCUUCUUCUCUUAGGCUUUUUUGGAUUUUUUACAUUUGGGAUAAUGUUUAGUUACAUCCGCUCUAAAAAACGUGAACACUCCAAUGAUCCCUAUCACACAUACAUUGAGACAGACUGGAAGAAAAAAGCUUCAUUGCAACCAGUAAAGAUUUUGAAGACCACGUCAACGUGUUACUUGGUUGAAAACAAAUUUGCAGUGGAACAACCUACCAGUCUUAUUCCAUCUGUAUGCCAGAACUGAAUCUACUGUCUAUAAAAGUAGUGCCUAACUUAUGUAUAACCAGUGACAGUUGUAUGUGGUGCAAAAGCACCUCAAUGUUGUAAGCUGUACCCCACUGUGUGAAGACACUUGUUUGACUGAGGUGGUGGGGACUCUUUCCACUGCUGUCCCUUCCCUUUUUUAGUCACCAAACAAAACAAUUAGCAAAUUAUUUUAUUUAUCCAUGCACCCUACAGUAAGGAAUAAAGACUAUUAUACUUACCAUGAAUGGAGCUUAUAAUACUUACAAGGAAUGCAAACUAUCAUAUUUCCCAGGAAUGCAGUCUAUUAUACUUACCAUGAAUGGAGACUAUAAUACUUACCAUGAAUGCAGAUUAUCAUACUCAUUUCAUACUUUGUCUUCUUGUUUAAGUGAGAUAUUGAAUGUAAUACAGAGGUUAAGUAAACAUGGCAAUGACAUAUUUUAAAGCUACUGGUUGUAUUCAAGACUAAAGUCACAAAUAAAAGAUUAUGGAUUUAGUCUAAUGAGAACUUGUGAUAUCUUGGUCCCAUAAGAAUCACAUCCUUGUAUUAUACUUUCUUAAGUGAAAGUAUUUUUAUUUUAUUUACUGGGGUAAAAAGUUCUGAUAUAUAUUCAUUACGUUGAUAAUAAAAAGUACAUAAAAUAACUUGAUUUAAAUGGCCAUAUAUCAGAAAGCUGAAUAUGGAUAACUAUAUUAAAAUAUGCCUUGUAUUCAUUUAAUUUCACUGUACAGUACACCUAUACAACACAGUUUGUUGCAGUAUUAAUUUGUUUGAGAUAUUAUUAUUUUGUUUUGAUUGUUAUAUUUCAGAAAACUCCAGUGCCUAUAGGACAGCUAAUAAACAAAAUGAAGUAACUCAAA